AUGGACCAACAGUUUGUUGCUCAACUAGAGCAAACUCUAGGUGCUAUUGUCCAACCAGCUGGUAACCUAAAAGAUGCUACCAAAGCUUUGCAAUCACAGUUUUACACACAAGCUGCUGCAUUGCCAGCUUUGAUUCACAUCUUGCAAAACAGCACCAAUGAUGGUAUCAAACAACUAGCCGGUGUGGAAGCUAGAAAACAAGUUGCUAAGCACUGGGGUAGUCUCGAUGCUGCUACACAAUCUAGUAUCAAGCAAUCUUUGUUAAACUCAGCUUUCAGCGAAGAAAAGGAUGCUAUUCGUCAUGCUAAUGCUAGGGUGAUCGCAUCUAUUGGUUCUGAAGAACUAGACGAAAAGAAAUGGCCAGAAUUAAUCCCAAAUCUUUUGCAAGCUGCUUGUGACAGUAACCCAAAGAUUAGAGAAACCGCAGUCUUCAUCAUCCUUUCUCUAUUGGAGUCCUUUAACGCUAACUUGUCUUUGCACAUUGAUGACUUCUUGAACUUAUUCGCUCAAACCAUCAACGACUCUGCCUCUUUGGAGACUAGAUCAUUGUCUGCUCAGGCUCUAAGUUUCGUUUCCUCCUUAAUUGAAGAGGAAGGUGAUAUCAACCCUCAAUACGCCGCCAAAUUUGCUUCUUUGAUCCCAUCUGUUGUUCAAGUUUUGGACGCUACUAUUAAGGAAAAUGAUACCACUAACACAAAACUAAUUUUCAACUGUUUGAAUGAUUUCUUGCUAUUGGACUCUCAGUUGACCGGUAACUCCAUUGCUGACUUGGUCAAAUUGGCUUUGCAAAUUGCUGUUAACGUUGAUGUCGAUGAAGAUAUCAGAGUUUUCGCUGUGCAAUUUGUCACAUCUGCUUUGGUGUACAGAAAAUCGAAGAUCAACCAAGCUAAGCUAGGACCAGAGAUCACAUUGGCCGCUUUGAAGGUUGCUUCCGAAGAAAUCGAUGUUGAGGAUGAACUAACCAAUGAAGAUGAAGCUGGUGAAAACGAAGAAAAUACCCCUGCAUUGACAGCUAUCAGAUUGAUCUCUAAUGCUUCUGGCGAAUUAUCUCCAUCUCAAGUUGGUGUCCCAAUCAUUGAACAUUUACAAACUAUGUUGUCCUCUUCCAAUCCGUUUGAAAGAAGAGGUAUUCUAUUGGCUAUUUCUGUUCUGGUUUCUGGUUCCCCUGAUUAUACUUUGUCCCAAUUCGACAAAAUUAUUCCUGCUACCAUCACAGGUUUAAAGGAUUCCGAACCAGUUGUUCAAUUAGCUGCUCUAAAAUGUAUUGUUCAAUUGAGUACUAAUUUGCAAGAAGAAGUCGCUAGAUACCAUGAACAAUAUUUGCCAUUGGUAAUUGACAUCAUAGAUUCUGCUAAACAUGUGGUUAUCUAUAAAUAUGCCACUUUGGCUUUGGACGGUCUUUUAGAAUUUAUUGCCCACAAUGAUAUUAUCAAAUAUUUGGAACCUUUGAUGAACAAAUUAUUCCAAAUGUUGGAUACUCAACAGUCUCCAAAGCUAAGAGCUGCUAUCGUUUCGGCUAUUGGUUCUUGUGCCUUCGCUGCUGGUUCCGGAUUUGUUCCAUACUUCAAGACAUCAGUCCAAUACUUGCAACAAUUCAUUCAAAACGUCUCUCAAGUCGAAGGUUUGUCCGAAGAUGAGAUUGAACUAAAGGCUUUGACCUUCGAAAAUAUCUCUACGAUGGGCAGAGCUGUUAAGUCGGCUACUUUUGCCGAAGUUGCUGAACCAUUAGUUAAUGCAGCAUACGAAGCUAUCAAAACCGACUCUGCUAGAUUGAGAGAAUCUGGUUAUGCUUUCAUUGCUAACAUGGCUAAGGUUUAUGGUAAGGAAUUUGCUCCUUUCUUGCAAACCAUCUUACCAGAAAUCUUCAAGACCCUUGAACAAGAAGAAUAUCAAUUCAACUUUGAUGGCGAUGAAGAUUUCUUGGAAGGUAUCGAAGAUUUGGAUGAAGAAGAACUACAAAGUAAGUUUACCGUCAACACUGGUAUUGCAUACGAGAAGGAAGUUGCCGCUGCCGCUCUAUCAGAAUUGGCAAUUGCUUCUAGAGAACACUUCUUAGAAUAUGUCGAACCAUCAUUGAAGGUUUUGACUGAACAAGUUAACGAAUCCUACGGUUUGAAGGAAACUGCUUUGCAUUCUAUGUGGGCAAUUGUCAAGGCUGUUCUAUUGACUGCUAACUUGAAGGAAGGUGAGUAUCCAAAGGGUAUUCCAUCUGGAUCAUACGUUGAUGCCAGUGCCUUAGCCGUCAUCCAGUCUGUCAGAGAAGUAUCUUUGAACAAUGUGAUCGAAGAAGUUGAAACUUCUAUGGUCAUCAGUGUGUUCCAAGAUGUUGCUGAAAUGUUGAGAUUGUUCGGUCCAAUCAUCAUCAUGGACAACGGCAACUCUACUCAAUUGGACCAACUAUGCCGUGAAGUUUUGGCUGUGUUGAAGGGCGAACAUGCUUGUCAAACCAUUCACUUUGAGGAAGAUAUUCCUCAAGAUGAAGAUUUGGAUGCUUCUGAAACCGAAGCUACUUUGUUGGAUGUGGCUUUAGAUGUGUAUGUUGCUUUGGCUGCUAACCUAGUUGGUGGCUUUGCUCAAGUUUUCACUGCUGCCAAGCCAGUUAUCUUACAACUAUGCCAAUCAAAGUCUAAGAACAAGAGAUCCUUCGCUGUCGGUGCUCUUUCUGAAAUGGCUUUAGGUAUGAGAGAAGAAAACCCAUUCAUCCAAGAACUACUUGAAGCUUUGAUCAUUAGCUUGACUAGCGACAAGUCUCUAGAAGUUAGAUGCAACGCUUCUUACGGUAUCGGUCUAUUGAUCGAAUACUCUUCUUUCGACGUUUCAGCUGUAUACACUCCUGUUCUAAAGUCCUUGUACGAGAUAUUGAGUGUUGCUGACGAAAAGAACCUUGUUUCUGAGGAUGACGAAGCUACUAAGGAGAUCGUCGACAGAACUUUCUCCAACGUUUGUGGAUGUGUCGCAAGAAUGACCUUGAAGCACCAAAACUUGGUCCCAUUGGAGCACACUCUUCCAGCACUACUCAACCACUUACCAUUCAACACCGCUUUCGAGGAAUACGAUCCAAUUUUCAAGUUGUUCUUGAAGCUCUUCCAAGAACAAAACAGCAUUAUUGUCAAGGAAGCUCCAAAGGUGAUUGAAAUUUUCGGUACUGUCUUUGAAAAGGAAGCUGAAAGAAUCGAAUUGGAAACCAACUCCACUCUAGGUAGAGAAGAAAACUUAGAGAAGAGAAAACAAUUCCAAACUGAAGAAAUUAAGCAACAAGUUAUCGAAUUAUUGAAACAUUUGAAUCAACAAUUCAACGGUGCCGUUGCUCAAAACCCAGUUUUAGCCCAAGUAAUUGCUUGA